AAACAAAACAGAUCCAUUUCUGACAGAGUUAUCAAACGAUUCGGAAGUGAAUUAUUAUAGGCAUAUACUAAGUGUACUGCUACUCAAGUAAUAGCAUAAUCAUGGCGUACAUUGAAUACGGUAUACAGUUCAUAACGCAAAAACUACAAGGGUUUGUAGAGGAAAUAAUUGAUACACGAAUGGCUGCAAAGGAAACUUUAGAAGAAGAGAAGAAGAAACUAGAAUUUGAGGAAAAGGAACAGCUUCUCCGUGACGAAAAAACAAUAUUUAACCAGAAUAAAGCCAUUCGAAACGCAAUUGAAACCAACAAGCAACAGGCGGCUGAACAAAAGUCCAUUAAGAAGAAAAUAUUGAAGAUGCGUUGUAUCGUGAGUGAGCGAGAAUUACGUGUUAUGCACGCUUGUAACUUCGUCGACAUGCAGGUGGAACAUCUAGGAAAACACGACUGCGAGCGCUGUCAUGAUGCAACUGACACACACACUUGCCUGAACGCCCAUCAUAAGAUGAAAGACUGUUCGUAUAUGCCGACUUUGAAAGAAUGGGACGGUGAAGCGGAGUGUAUUAAAUUGGAAGCAGAAAUCGAGGUGAUAAAGAAGCGUUUAGCGGAGCGCGAGGGCCAGUCAACAUAGAGAAGAAGACAAUAAGUCUAUAUAAAUGAAAAGAACUACAAUAUCGGCCUUAAACCCAAUAAUUAAUGGGUCAAUGUGAUAAUCGAUGUAAAGCCAUCGAACACAUGAUAAGUGAAUGUCGCUGUAUUAAGAAAAUCGAAAGAAUUGGCAGAGCACGUUUUUGUGCAAACGAAUUAUGUUGUAGCUGGAGAACAUAGGCCUAAUUAAUGAACAUUCUUCCACAUAUUUGUUACGUAUUUUUUUACAGGGCAAGUCUCUGCAAUUAUAAUACGUUCUUCACUUUAUUGCAUUUUUAAUGCAAACGUGAACCCAUAAAUUAGUUUUAUUCAUUAAUUUGUGUACGCAUUUAUCUGAGAUUAAUAAAUUAGGCUUUUCGUGGUCGGUGCA